GCCGCCGCCAUGUACCGGUUCAUGGGUACUGCGACGCGGCGGGCCAUGCCCCUGGAGAGCUGGAGCGGGCAACGGCGCUGGUCCCACCAGCAGUCCAAGUGGACUCUGGGGCACGGCUGGGUCGGCGGGCUGGGGCUGGGGUUGGGGCUGGCGCUCGGGGCGAAGCUGGCGAGCGGGCUGAGCGGCGCGAGCCCCGCGCCGAGUCCCGGAGCACCGCGGCCCGACGAGUCACCUCUGGGCGAGCCUCUGAGCCCGGCCCCGGCCCCGGCCCUGCCCCCCUGGCAGCCGCCCGCGCCGCCGCCCCCGUCCCCCGAGCGCUUCGCCAGAGCUAUCGAGAGCAGCCGGGACCUGCUGCACCGGAUCAAGGAUGAGGUGGGAGCACCAGGCAUAGUAGUUGGAGUUUCUGUAGAUGGAAAAGAAGUCUGGUCAGAAGGUUUGGGUUAUGCUGAUGUAGAGAACAGAGUUCCAUGUAAACCAGAAACAGUGAUGAGAAUUGCUAGCAUCAGCAAAAGUCUUACCAUGGUGGCUAUUGCGAAAUUAUGGGAAGAGGGCAGAUUGGAUCUUGAUAUUCCAGUACAGAAAUAUGUUCCUGAAUUUCCAGAGAAAGAAUAUGAAGGUGAAAAGGUUUCUGUCACUACAAGAUUGUUGAUUUCUCAUUUAAGUGGAAUUCGCCACUAUGAAAAGGAUAUGAAAAAAGUGAAAGAAGAGAAGGCUUAUAAAGCUUUGAAGAAGAUGAAAGAAACAAUGGAAUUCAACCAAGACAAAGACUUGAAAGAAAUAGGAGGCAAAAGUAAUGAAAAGAGUGACUUUGCCAAAGCUAAGACAGAGCAAGAUAGUGAAGCCAAAUGCCGAAAUUCAAAACCUGGCAAGAAAAAGAAUGAUUUUGAACAAGAUGAAUUAUAUUUGAAAGAAAAGUUUGAAAAUUCAAUUGAGUCUCUAAGAUUAUUUAAAAAUGAUCCUUUGUUCUUUAAACCAGGUAGUCAGUUUUUGUAUUCAACUUUUGGAUACAGUCUGCUAGCAGCUGUUGUAGAAAGAGCUUCAGGACAGAAGUUUUUGGACUAUAUGCAGAAAAUAUUCCAUGACUUGGAUAUGGUGACAACUGUGCAAGAAGAAUAUGAGCCAAUGAUUUACAAUAGAGCAAGGUUUUAUGUUUACAAUAAAAAGGGACGUCUUAUCAACACUCCUUAUGUGGACAACUCCUAUAAAUGGGCUGGCGGUGGAUUUCUCUCUACAGUUGGUGACCUUCUUAAAUUUGGGAAUGCAAUGCUCUAUGGUUACCAAGUUGGAAUGCUUAAAAACUUAAAUGAGAAACUUUUGCCAGGGUACCUCAAACCAGAAACCAUGGUAAUGAUUUGGACUCCUGUGCCAAAUACAGAGAUGUCUUGGGAUAGAGAGGGGAAAUAUGCAAUGGCAUGGGGUGUUGUGGAAAAGAAGCAAAUAUAUGGUUCGUGUAGACAGCAGCGACAUUAUGCUUCUCACACUGGAGGUGCAGUAGGUGCUAGUAGUGUCCUGCUAAUUCUUCCUGAAGACUUGGAGGUAGAAACUACAGAUAAAAGGAUGGCCAUUCCCCCAAGGGGAGUGGUUGUUACCAUCAUAUGUAACAUGCAGUCUGUUGGCCUCAAUAGCACUGCCUUAAAAAUUGCACUGGAAUUUGAUAAAGACAAAUCAGACUGAUUCAUUAAGUACCAGGUAUGGGAAAUUUAAAUGUCAUUACACUAUUAACAAAACUACCAAAAGACAGAAGACUUUUAAGAAUGAAUUUGUAAUAGCAAUAGACAAUGCAGAGAAUUAUGUACCUCUAAUUGUUUUAACUUUUUAUAAAUAUAUUUAGCUUUUUGUGGAAUUAUUUCUUUAUUCUCAGGGAAGUAACUUCAUGGU